AUGAGAGUAAUUAUAAUUCUUUUUGCUCUUUUGGCUUUUGUUAUCAACUUUAGCUAUGGCAACAAUGUUGGUAGUUGGGGAAAAUCGAAAGGAUACAAGAGCAGUUCAAUUAUUACUCGUCUAAAGACCAUUCAUGGUGAUAUUUAUAAUUGUGUGAACAUAUAUAAACAACCUGGUAUGAACCAUCCAACAAUGGCAACAGAAAGAAUUAAGUUUGCGGGACUUUUAAUUGGGAAUGCUCCUUCUGAAAGAUUUACUGGUGCUAAAGCUACAAUGACUAUAUGGAAUCCAACACUACGAGGGGAAAAUCAAUAUAGUUCGGCUUCUUUGUAUGUGGAGGAUGGAGAUAAUCAAAUAAGAGUUGGAUGGAUUGUACACCCUGCAUUAUAUGGUGAUUCGCGCACUCGACUAUUUAGUAGAUGGACAAGUGACAACUAUGGAAAAACUGGAUGUUAUAUCAAUCAUUGUCCAGGAUUUGUGAUGACAUCUAACGUUGUGUCACUUGAUUAUGCUUUUCCCAAUAUGUCUGUAUUGCGUGGAGAACAAUUUGACGUGACUCUCCAAGUAGUUAAGCGUUCUACCGGAGAUUGGGAGUUCAAUUACAAUGGCCAACAACUUGGUACGUGGACAAGCUCCAUAUUUUCAAAAAUGGGUGAAAGUGCUAGUCAAUUGCGAUUUGGAGGGGAGUGUUAUCAACCAGAAAUUCAAGAUGUAAGUCCUCAGAUGGGAAGUGGUGGUAGAUUUAGAAAAGGAAAGUAUGAUAGAACGGCUUAUAUGCGUCAAUUGAGUUAUACUGAUACUAUAUAUGGAGAUGCUGUUCUUGACGAUUCUAUGGUUCAGGUUCAAACAUCUAGAUGUUAUUAUGCAACCAAUGAAGGAUAUAAUUUUAAUGAUGAUUGGUAUGGAUACAACUUUAUGUAUGGAGGUAAGGGUGGCAAAGAUGGUGCAGAAUGUUUCGACGACAGCUUGUAA